AUGGAUUCUUUUCUGCCAUCAUAUUGCAGUUGCAAGUUUUUCCAUGAAGCUGCACAGGACGAUUUUAUACUCGGACAUGCCUCCCUUGAUGAACUCCCAGUAAUUCAAUGGACCUCGAAGGCCGAGGUUGCAUCUUUCCUGAAACGAUGUGAACAUGCUCAAAAUCCAGAAGUUCUGUAUAGACAAGUAAUGGUGGAGUUCUUUUGUAACAACCAAAUCGAGUUAGGGCGGGAGUUAUUGCAAAGAUCAUCUAAUUCUGGGCAUACAGUUGCCACGUAUGUUCUAGGAAUUAUAUUCCUUGAUUCUGGUGAUCAUCAAUCAAUCCUUACAGGGAGAGAAUUAUUGAACAGAAUAUUAACAAAAAGAUCCAAUAACAAGACAUCGAGAGGUGAAGAUGUUGAAGAAUGCCGAAAGAAAUCGAGGGUUAUUAGGCAAUUGUGGGUUAACAAUUCUCUUAAUCCAUCACAAAGCCAAGCUUGCAAUAGUUCAAGAUGCACAACUGGUCAGAAAAACAUAAAUGGAUGGUCGUCGAAUUACGAAGAUAUGUCGGAUUGCGAAAUAUGCAGAUGCAACCGCGAGUUUUCUCAUUUUACUAAAAUGGUACUAGGUGUCAACUAG